AUGGCCGCCGGCUCCGCGCCCCUUGGCGGGCACCCCCGCGUGCAGAGGCCGCAUCUGAGCAAGAUGGAGCGGAUGGUCGUGACCAUGCAGGACCCCGACCAGGGCGUGAGGAUGCGGAGCCAGCGCCUGCUCGUCACCGUCAUCCCGCACGCGGCGAACGGCAGCGACAUCGUGGAGUGGCUGAUCCAGAAGUACUCCAUCGCGGAGGACGAGGCCCUGCAUCUGGGCAGCCUCCUCGUGCAGCAUGGCUACCUCUACCCGCUGCGCGACCCCCGCCGCCUCGAGCUCCGGCCGGAUGAGACGCCCUAUAGAUUCCAGACACCCUAUUUCUGGACGAGCACCCUGUGGCCAGCCGCCGAGCUGGACUAUGCCAUCUACCUGGCCAAGAAGAACAUCCGAAAGCAGGGCGCCCUGGUGGACCACGAGAAGGAGCAGUACCACCAGCUGCGCAUGAGGAUCAGCCACGCGUGGGACCUGGUGAUGAUGCAAGCCCGGGAGCAGCUGCGGGCAGCUAAGCAGCGCAGGAAGGGGGACAGGCUGGUCAUUGCGUGCCAAGAGCAGACGUAUUGGCUGGUGAACAGGCCCCCGCCGGGGGCCCCCAGUGUGCUGGAGCAGGGGCCAGGACGGGGCCCCUGCAUGGCCGGGCGAGCACCGAUGACCGAGACCGUGGAUUUCUACAGGCGGGAGGUCGAGUGCUUACGCAGGGCGCUGGGCCGAGCCCGGGUGAAGUCCUCCACCUGCCUCGAGGCGUACCUGAAGUUUAGCAGCCAGCAUGGGCCGCAUGACCCCAUCAUGUCGGGGUGCCUGCCCAGCAACCCCUGGGUCACAGAUGACGAUGCCUACUGGGCCAUGAACGCACCCAGCGCAGCUGCGCCCACCAGGCUGCGCGUGGAGCAGUGGGCCUUCAGCUUCCGGGAGCUCCUGGAAGACCCCGUGGGACGGGCCCACUUCAUGGACUUUCUCAGGAAAGAGUUCAGUGCCGAGAACCUCAGCUUCUGGGAGGCCUGUGAGGAGCUGCGCCACGGAGGCCAGGCCCGGGUCCCUGCCCUAGUGGACGCGGUGUACCAGCAGUUCCUGGCCCCCGGCGCCGCCCGCUGGGUCAACAUCGACAGCCGGACGAUGGAGCAGACGCUGGCGGGCCUGACCCAGCCCCACCGCCACGUGCUAGACGACGCCCAGCGGCACAUCUACCUGCUAAUGAAGAAGGACUCCUACCCGCGCUUCUUGAAGUCAGACUUGUACAGAGACCUGCUGGCGGAGGCUGUGGUGCCCCCGGAGACCAAGCGGCGGGUGUUCCCGUUCAUGCGGAAGCCCCGGCACUCCAGCCCCAGCCCUGCUCUCCGUCCUGCCUCAGCCUCUGGGGAGCCCAUGGGUGGGGAUGGUGAUGGGGAGACCUAG